AUGGUCUUCGAAAGCGUUGUUGCAGAUUUGUUGAACCGUUUUUUGGGGGAUUUUGUUGACAGCCUAGAUGCUUCGCAGCUCAACAUUGGAAUAUGGAGCGGCGAUGUCAAGCUGGAGAACUUGGAAAUUAAGGAAACGGCAUUGGAUGAGAUGGAGUUACCGAUCAAACUGAAAUAUGGUUAUUUGAAGAACUUGACGUUGCAAAUACCAUGGAAAAGUUUAUAUACAGAACCAGUUGUCGCAACCAUUGAUGGCUUGUACAUGAUCGUGGUCCCGAACAAAGGUGUUGUUUAUAAUGAAGAGAAAGCAAAGAAAGUUGAACAAGAAGAUAAGCUUAAAAAACUAAUGCGAUUGGAAGAGAAUAGGAAAAGAAGAAGGAAGGAGGUCCAAGUCGCUGAUGAUGGAUUUACUGAAAAGCUCGUUGCACAAAUCAUCAAAAAUUUGCAGAUUCAUAUACGUAAUAUUCAUGUCCGUUAUGAAGACAAGUAUACAAAUAGGCAUAGACCGUUUGCUCUCGGUAUUUCUUUGGAGGACCUUCACUUUCAAACGACGGAUUCUAACUGGAAAGAGACGAUACAUAAAGAGGCUGUCAAGAUAGUUUAUAAAUUGGUUUCUUUGAACAGCUUAGCUGUUUACUGGAAUUCGGAUACUAAACUCAUAUCGGAUUUGGAAGACCAUCAAGAAAUAGAAAGACUAAUGGUUGCAGGGAUUGCAUCUAGUGGGAGGAAGCCGGAGGGCUAUACUUAUAUAAUUGAGCCAAUUACUAUGCAAGCCAAAUUGUCGAUGAAUCAGAAGCCGGAGGCAGACGGUUCAGACUGGAAAAUUCCAAAAAUCAAUUUAAUUGUUGAUAUGGAGAGUCUUGCACUUUUUUUGGGGAAGUUUCAAUACCAAGAUGUAUUACUCGUUCUCGAUGCACAAGAGCGUGCAGCAAAUGGGACGCGGUAUUUAAAAUAUCGCCCAAACUUAAACGAAUAUAAUGGCCAUUAUAAGAUAUGGUGGCACUUUGCAUAUGAAUGUGUUCUAGAAGAACAGAUUAGAAGGAAAAAAAGGAAUUGGUCUUGGGAACGUAUGAAAGCUCACAGAUGCCUCGUACGUAAGUAUAAAGAAGCAUGGAUCAAGAAGCAGACAGAGAAAAGUAUUGGACAAGAACACUCAAAAGUCAUUGAGGAAGCUGAAGACUCAUUAGAUAUUUUCAACAUAAAUGUUGCUCGUCAACAAGCCGAAUUUGAAAUUGAUCGCUUAGGAUUGACGCGUCUAGAGGAUCAACCACAAGGGUGGCUAAAUUGGGCAAAAAGCUGGUGGGGUGGAGAUAGUAGUGGUAAAGGUAAGGAUUCUUCUAAACAUUCUCCUGGUAAUAUUGUCUCGCAGUUCGAAGAAGCUAUGACUCCCGAGGAGAAAUCGAAACUUUAUGAAGCAAUAGAUUACCAGGAAAACACUCCACCUACGGAUUAUCCUAAACAUUUUGUGGAGAACGUCGUUUCAAUUGGUUUGAAAUCGGUGGAAGUUGUUGUCGAAAACUCAUUGCAUUUGAAGUUUAUGACACUGACGGGUCAGCCAAUGCUGACGAUGGCACGUCGUGAUUCAGAUUGGCUGGAAGUUUUGGUUGAUACCAAUCCACUAAAUCGUGAAGAAAACAACUAUGAUCAGUUCUUUAAAUUAUCUAUUGCUCCAACCCUUUUAAAGUACCACGCACUCGCUAUUAACGCAUUACUUGACGUACUGAAACCUCCAGAAAGUGUUCGACUCCACAAGUUAGCAGCAGCCGCGAUGGCACGUUACGAGGAUGUUAAAAUGCGUUCCAUCACUGGUUUGAGCCACGCCGUAGAAAUGAAGAACAAAUUGGUUUUGGAUAUAAGUAUCGCUCCAGCCACUAUCGUCGUUUCUGAAACAGGGGUGUUUAAGGAAGAAAAUACGGCACUUGUUCUUGAUUUAGGUGUUCUUGAAAUUAAAAGUGUCGAGGAGGAAACCUAUAGCCAUGAAACAGUUUUUGAGAGUGAAAAAACGGUCGAGGAACGGAGGGAUGAAUUGUUAAAACGCGCCUACGACAAAUUUGACAUCAAGCUUUCGAAUGUCCGUGUAACGUUGGGUAAUGAUUACCAGACCUCUAUGAAAUGUCUUGAGGUUCCGUCAUCUCCAUGUCACAUUCUGCGUCCAACAGGAAUGGCUAUACAAGUCCAUAAGUCAUCCAUAAGUGAUAUUCAGCUGCCGAACAUGCGGGUACUUGGAGAUCUUCCUGAUAUUGUUGUUGCACUUUCUGACGAACAAUUAAUAAAACUUAUGAGGUUACUUACGAGUAUUCCUCUCCCUCCUCCAGAUGAAAGUGUGGAGGAGAUAAGUGAGGUGGACAAGACGAAUCUGCGGGACAAGGCGAAGAUGCACGCCAUAUUGGAAGUAAACGAAAUGGAAGAAAAGACAGUUCCAGCUGAGAAAAAGGAUGCAGAAGAAGAUGAUAUUUCCCGAAAUCAGCAAGUCUCUUUGAUAGUCGGCAGGAAGGAAGAAGUCUUAUUAGCUGUUAAAAUAGGAAGGAUGGGUUGUUCUCUGACAAUGAGAAAUUUCGAUAUGACAGUGGAUGCGCAUCUUGGAGAAUUACUUAUUGAACAGCCUCAAUACGCGAGUUUAGUCCCAGGGAGAAAAACUCUGUUCUUGAUCGAUAAUGUGCAUCAAACUGACGAAAAUCUUGUAGAUAUUAAGUAUAUUUCGGCGAAUCCCGAAAGCCCAUUUUUUGCAACCACUUAUAAAUCAGUUGAACAGUCAGUAACUAUAUCAUUCAAAAGUUUGAAUGUGUCCCUUUAUCAGGAGGCUAUUCUGGGCCUCAAAGAAUUUGCCGAAGAGCUACAGAGAAACAUGGAAGAGAUUAAAAAAGAAAAUCCUCAAUUAACAGAACGUCAAGAGGUUGGGAAGCGCAGGCUGUCCAGGAUGCUUAGCCAGUCGAGCACUGUUAGUGUUUCUGGGGAGAAAAGUGAUAAGAAGAUUAGUGAGCUGCGCCAUGAAAGGAAAUUACUUGAAGCAGCUGAAUAUGAUCCCACAGUCAAAUUAUGCAAAACUACUCAAUUAAUUGCCGGUCUUCGUGAACUGUUAAUUGAAGAAUGUAGUGGCGUGACAGUAUACAAACAAUUACUAACUGUUUGCGGUGAAGACGAAGUUUUCACUCUGGAUUUAAUGAUUUUCAACAGGACAGAACUAGAAAAAAAAAAGAUGAAUGUUACAGAUGUUGACUUAAUAGUUAAAGCUCGUCUUGCUCGUUUGAGAUUUAUAUUUUUGAAAGUCUGGCUUUCCAGAUUAAUGUUAUGGUUGGGACCUUUUCAAAAAGAAGCUGCUAUAGCUGCCUCACAAGCUCAAGCUUUGGCUGCUGAAAAAGCUACAGAAACAGUUGCAAAUGUGCGUAAUCAACUGAUGGAUGAAGUACCACCGAGAGCCAAGUUUGAUAUAGUACUUGCAGCACCUACAGUUCUCGUACCUCAGAGCUCCAAAUCGGACAGUGCUCUUGUAUUUGAUUUUGAUUCUGAUGAGUGCUUAGCAAAAGGUUUAAUAUCUGAAAAUGGUGAGAUCAGGUCGAAAUGUGAAAUCCUAGAACCAUUGUCAUUUGCACUAACAAUUAUGCGCAGUUUAUCUUUUGCAUGGUACAAGAGUAAGCCGGAGGUUUCUGUGGAUGCCCAUAUCUCUGCGUUGCAGCUGUGUAUGUCUCAAGGAGACUAUGCCACAAUAAUGAAAACAUUGAGUGGAAAUUUGGCUGAAGGAGACGAGGUACCAGCAGAAAUUGUUGAAAUACCGGAAGAUGAAGAGGAGAGCGAGGGGGACAAGGCAAAACCAAGCGAAGAUAAAAUUGGUGAGAAGUUGGUUGAACAAAAAGCUCCAAAGUCUCCUGAUGUUCAGUCGGCAGUGCGUUUCGCUGUGAAGUUUACCGUUGAUGAAAUUGCUGCUCUUCUCUUUUCAGGAUCAUCUGAUUUGGAAGACAGCGUUGAAAUUGUUGCUCGCGAUGACUCGGUUAAGUUUGCAGCAGUACGAUUAACUACUGUUCAAUUACAAGCUGAUAUGCUUGAAAACGGUGCUUUGAAAGUCGACUUUUUGCUACAAGGAUUUACUAUGAGAGAUGAAAGAACGUCUAGUAUUGGGAUCAGAAGGCUUUUGGACAAAAAAGCGGAUGAGACGGGGAAGGUCCAGGACAGUUUUAUCACUGCUCACUAUGAGCAAAAUGCGAAAAACGAUAAGAAUGUCAAGUUUUCGUCAUCUUCGUUCUUCCUGUGUCUCUGCCCCGAAUUUAUGGGAGCUCUUGCGAGUUUCUUUUCUGUUCCUUCUGAUGAGAACGAGGACUUGAACGUUAAACCAGACGCUAUUAAAACGUCUAUUGAGACUCGUAAAACAGCGACGACUGCACAGCCAUCAUCUGGUUUGGAGGGAACGAUCUCAAUGGAUUGUAAAAUGCAUGAAGUUGAAGUUAUUUUAGUAGAAGAUUCAACCAGUCCAGAAUCAACUCAGGCACUUUUUUUAACUUUCAAUUGUGCCAUCAAAGGAAUGCAUGAUGGUACCAAUCAAUUUAUCGACGGUGGAGUGAAGAAUUUGCAGAUGUUUAGCUCCUACUAUCAAGAAGAAAAACGUCCGUUGGCAUCAUAUCAGGUUAUGAAUCCCAUCAGUUUAACAAUGAAAGGAGUUAUUGGCACUUCAAAAUCUCAAGAAUUUGAAAUUGAACUAACACCAGUUCAUUUAAAAAUUUCUCCAAGUAUUAUUAGGCUUCUCAGCGCUGUUUCGUCAAGUUUCUCUGCAGCAAAUCAGUCUCAGGAUGAAGUUCCUAACAUAAUAUUACGCCCGUAUUUUCAGAACGUUGUGAAAAAAAAGCGAAUUCCUGUUUUGAAAAAAUAUCCGGAUUAUUGGGGAAAGAAGAAAAUUGAUCGAAAUAAAUUCUGGUGGUUACGUAGCAAAGCAGUUUCAACAUAUGAUGAAGUACCAUUCGAUUAUGGAAUUGAUGUUGUCGAGGGACCUGAUCACGAGGAAAAGGCGCUAAUUAAAAUGCAGUCUUUGGUGGUAACUGUGGAAGCAGGGACGGGUAAAUUGACAACUCCUAUGAUCCUACUUGAGACUUCCCUUGACGGAGUCGUCUCAGAUUGGAGUUCACUGUUGACAGCAAAAGCUACGUUGACAUUACAAGUUUCAUACUAUAAUGACAGGUUUUGUGUAUGGGAACCUGUGAUUGAACCUAUUGAGGUCGGAGACGGAGUUUGGGAGAAAUGGAAAUUGGAUUGCGAACUUGUAACUAACAGUGAAGCUGAAAUAGCUCAAGUAGCUCAGGCACCACACAGUAUGGACCAACCAUUAGCUAAAGUUCCCAAACAGUCAGUGAAAAUAAAUGCGUUGAAUAUGAUGAAUAUUACAGUGACAAAGUCUUUUGUCGAAAUUCUUAAUGAACUUGGCGAGUCACUGCAAGCUGCAGCAAAACAAGUUUCGCCUCAACGCGGCCGAGAACUGCCUGGUAAUGCUCGUUAUUUAAUACUUAACAACACCGGAAUGGAUAUUACAGUAGGAAAUUCCGAAAGUUUGAAGGUAAACCAAACUGGUGAUUCUAUUGUUGCUCAAAAAAACAAAUAUGUUGAUCUAGAAGUUCCUGCAGACAACGAAAUUAUUGGUUUAAGUCAGAGCCAAAGUGUUAAAAAGGCUAUUCUCCGGCUUUCUUUUGAUGAAUUCCAUACCGACCGUGAGAUCAAUGUUAUGAGAGCGGAAGUACGAGUUCUAAAUUUGCCGCGGAAAGAUGAAAGAGGUCAGAACUGGAAAGCGGUGUCUGAGACGAAAAUUGUGGAUUUGAGACGGCUCAUUACUCUUAGAUCUUUGAUACAGAUCUCUUUGAUUCUGGCUUUUGUGUUUCCUUGUUAUCUGAAUAGUAUUGCUGGAUUGUUUAUUACCUACUUUAAGUUUGUAAACCAUACCAAUCUACCUUUUGAAAUCCACUCAAUGCUCAACGAAGCUCGAUUAGAGCUGUGUGGUGUUGCUACAGUUAACUCAGAACCGCUAGAUAUUGCAUUAGAAGCUCUUUACUCACCGAUGGGAAAGUUUUAUCUGAAACCAGUUGGCGAGAACUAUGAGAUGAGCAACGAACCAAUAUCUUGGCAUACCUUUGAGGACAAACAGCGCGAAGUUAUUCGCUGUGAUUCUUCGGCUGAUCCCAAUGCCGCAUUUUAUGCAGCUUUAGUGAUCCAACAAAUCCCCAUCAAGGGUGAGAGGGGCAGUAAUUUCUCCGACACCUCCUUCACUGUUCACAUAUAUCAGCCCCUCACACUUCAUAAUUUCCUUCCAGUUCCACUGCGUGUCUUAAAUCCGAUAGAAAAGACGCUUGAAGGAGGUGAAGAAAUGGACUUCAACGUUUAUCCUCAUCAGAAAAUCUUCUUUGAGCUAUCUUAUCGAAACGAAAUGUACCAUGGUGAAAUUGAGUAUGCUUUGGAUCACGAAGAUCUUGAAGUAGUGACAUUAGAGACAAAAGAUGACGGAGUGAUACUGAACCUUGGAGUUCAUUGGAGCACUGAGCACCGUAGAAUGGAUGUGGAAAUCUAUUCUCCGUACUGGUUUGUAAAUAAUACGGGUAAAACUCUGAAGUACGUGUCGAAAAUACAACUAGCAGGAACACACUGGUCAGAUGAGUUUCCCCUGGAUGCUGUUGGUAAUGCUGGACGCAUUACUUGCAAAUCAGAUGAACGAGAUUUUGAAGUGUCGUUGGAUGUUCAACUAUGCCAGUCCGGGCUUACAAAAGUAGUCACGUUUUCGCCGUUCUACAUGGUCAGUAAUGUAAGCAACUUUGACAUGGAAGUUAAGGAAUUUGGAAAGGAUGAGUGGACGUUUGUCAAAGCAGAAACGAGAUUUUCACUGCUGAGUCUAGUAAUAUUUCUGUAUAAAUUACAGUGUGUCGGUCUUUGGCCUCGUCAGGAGCAAAAACGGAAGUAUCUUGUGGUUCGAUAUGCAGGAACAGUGGAAGAAUCUAUCAUGUUUCCAUUCACGGAGAAUUUUGAACAGUUCUGCUUCAUAAAUAACGCCUACCUCGGUAUAUACGUCACUUGCACUCUUGGCGAAUCUUCUUCUGUCAUAAGGUUGGAACCUUUUUCUCCUGGCAUGGCUCCUGCUCUCAUUAUGAAUGCUACCGAUGUUCCGAUUGGAUACUCUCAAAAAGGUGCUCUCGGUCAUCAUUCGAGUGAAGUUCUUUCACCAGGAGAAUAUUGCUAUUUUACAUGGUCUGACGUAACGUUGGAACGGCUGCUGAAAUGGUCCGCCGCCAAAAAUGAACAUUUUGAUGGGCUAUUUAGAAAUGCCUAUGAAUCAUUUUCAGUGCCCAAUUCUCCCAAGUCUUAUUUCUGGAUUUCUUUCCUCAAUGGUCGUCAGCGAGUUUUGCUCUUCACUAAUGAAGUUAACAUACUCGCCUUAGCUCAGGAAACUAAUGAAGUUGGGGAAAUCGCUCAGCAGAUAGAAAUGAGUUUACAGGGUAUUGGGUUGUCUAUUGUUGAUAAUUUGAAUGUUGAAGAGAUAUUAUACAUUGGUAUUGCCUCUUCGGCUAUAACUUGGGAACAGUUUAUAAAGUCGCGGUUCAGACUUUUCACGUCUGCAGAAAUAGAUGCUAUUGAAAAAGCUUACCAGGUGUGGUUAGAUACAGGAAGCCAAGGUGUAGUUAACCUUAACGGGUCUGAGAUUGAUUUUGCCAAUAUGAAACUCAAAAAGAAAAAAAAUGAGGUAUCAAUUCGUAGGCAAUUCCAAACGGGACUUUGGUUGCAGUAUAGCUCUGGUGCUCGUCGAAGUGCACUUCAUCUCAAGGUUAAUCAUCUUCAAAUUGACAAUCAGAUGACUGCAUGUAUAUUUCCAUGUGUUCUUUCAAUGGUGGAACAGCCAAAAUCUGUUGUUGCUGCAGAAACUCCUAAGCCGUUCUUUGAAGUAAGUUUCACUAUGAUGAUGCAAGAGCACAGCAAUGUCGUAGAUAUCAAAUAUCUACACCUGUUGGUCCAGGAGUUUGCUGUUCAAAUUGAUCAAGGUUUAAUCAAUGCGCUUUUGGGAUUUGUUACUACUAGUAGCGACCAAAAACCUUACACUAAAGAAAUGUUUGAGAAGGACCUUGAAUUAACAAAAUACGACCUUUCACAGUUAGCCCUGACUUCAUUUUCUUCUUCUCAGCAAGCCUUCUACGAGGAUCUUCAUAUUUCACCCCUGAUGAUACACUUUUCAUUUUCUCAAGGAGGCCAUUUAUCAUCAAAAGAUAAAAAUAAAGUAGUUCCGAUUCAAUCGGAAUUUAUCAAUGUACUUUUGAAAAGUGUUGGCGUAACCCUAACCGAGCUUCAGGAUGUUGUUUUCAAGCUUGCGUUUUUCGACAGGAAGUUUAUCUUUUACAACAAGCAGCAGUUACAGUCAGAAAUUGUAUCUCAUUACACGAAACAGGCGAUAAAGCAGUUAUAUGUUCUGGUUCUUGGGCUUGACAUUAUCGGAAAUCCGUUUGGCCUUGUCCGAGACCUUACUGCUGGUGUUGAAGAUUUCUUCUACCAACCUUUCCAAGGGGCUAUUCAAGGACCUGAAGAAUUUGCGGAAGGAGUUGCGCUCGGUGUAAAGAGUCUGUUCGGUGCUACCGUUGGUGGUGCAACUGGAGCAGCUUCUCGUAUAACAGGCACUUUAGGGAAGGGCGUUGCUGCAUUAACCUUAGACGAAGAUUAUCAAAGAAAGCGACAACAGGCGCUUAACAGGAGACCUCGGAAUUUCGGUGAAGGUAUGGCACGUGGAUUUAAAGAUGUUGGCGUCGGAGUUGUGGAAGGAAUUACAGGCGUUGUUACUAAACCCAUUGAAGGUGCUCGCAGCGGUGGAGUUGGGGGAUUUGCAAAAGGCCUUGGGAAAGGUUUAGUAGGAGCCGUUACGAGACCAGUAUCAGGUGUCGUCGACUGUGCAAGCACUUCGCUAAACGCCGUCAAAACUAUUGCCAGUGGAGAGCAUGGAGUGAAGCCCUUACGCCCACCCAGAGUAAUUCUUCCUGACAAUAUAGUGCGCCCAUAUUCUCAAAAGAGUGCUAUUGGAGCGAGAGUUUUUCGGGAUACGAAUCAUGGGUCGAUAGCACAAACGGAUCAUUUUAUUGGAUAUUCAGCAAUAUCGGAGAAAUGUGUUUUUAUAGUGACCGACAAGCGAGUGUUCCUCUCGAAGAAAAGUGAUAUUGUGGGUUCAUGGGGAACUGAAUGGGAAUUGUUUUAUGCGGAUAUCAAGCCUCCAGUGCCGAUAGAACAAGGUGUUAAGUUGGAGUUGAGGAGGAAACAAGGCGGUUUUCUUGGUAUUGGUGGUUCGAGCGGUAAGGUCGUUCAGUUUAAGGACACUGCUGCAACUGAGGAAAUCGUCCCGCGUUUGAUUGCUGCGUAUGAAGAUGACACGGGGUCUGAUUGA